ACAUCUUUAUUUAGUUAGAUAAAUCAUUGGUCGCGUAAAGUUCAAAGUGCUGUUUUGUUACUAUUCUUUAUUUUUAUUAUUUUCUUUUAUAUUUUCACUAUGCUUUGUGUAUUUUCAAAAACUAUUCAAAUAUUCACACCAGCAGUUGUACGGCAAUCAAGAUGUAUCGCUUCGCUUUCUUCUCUGCCCGAAACUUACCAAAUGCUUUACAAAACGUGUCGAGAUUUCGCGGAGUCUGAGCUUAAACCUAACGCAGCAAAAUACGACCGUGACCAUCUAUUCCCCGGAGAUGCCAUCAAAAAGAUGGGGGAACUGGGCCUCAUGGCCAUUGCAGUGCCCGAGGAGCUCGGCGGCACCGGCCUGGACUACCUGGCGUACGCCAUUGCCUUGGAGGAAAUAUCUCGGGGGUGCGCCUCUGCUGGUGUCAUUAUGUCCGUCAACAACUCCCUUUACCUCGGCCCUGUCACCCACUGGGGCACAGAUAAGCAGAAGCAAGAAUAUGUUACUCCUUUUUGCACUGGAGAUCCAAUUGGAUGUUUUGCUCUCUCUGAGCCUGGCAAUGGAUCAGAUGCGGGUGCAGCUUCCACCACCGCCAAAGAUGGUGGGGAUAAGUGGAUUAUCAAUGGCACAAAAUGUUGGAUAACCAAUGGUUACGAAAGUAAGGCAGCUGUGGUAUUUGCAACCACAGACAAGAGUAUGAAGCACAAAGGUAUCUCAGCAUUUAUUGUACCAAAACCUAUUAAAGGUUUAGAAUUAGGUAAGAAGGAAGACAAGUUAGGCAUAAGAGCAUCAUCUACCUGCUCUCUAAUGUAUGAGGACUGUGAGAUCCCCAAAGAAAACAUAUUAGGUGAGCCUGGAGCUGGCUUCAAAAUAGCUAUGAUGACCCUAGAUGCUGGUAGAAUUGGCAUUGCAUCCCAGGCACUGGGCAUUGCACAGGCAUCCCUGGAUGUAGCUGCAGAAUAUGCCUCAAAACGCAUGGCGUUUGGCAAGCCUAUAAUGAAGCUUCAGACCAUCCAGAAUAAGCUGGCUGAAAUGGCUUUACAGCUGGAGUCAGCUCGGCUGCUCACAUGGCGCGCAGCUUAUUUGAAAGACAAUAAGAAGCCAUACACCAAAGAAGCAGCUAUGGCGAAGCUAGCUGCUUCAGAAGCAGCUACAUUCACAGCUCAUCAGUGCAUUCAGAUUUUAGGUGGCAUGGGAUAUGUUUCGGAUAUGCCGGCGGAGCGUCACUACCGGGACGCGAGGAUCACAGAAAUAUAUGAAGGCACAUCAGAAAUACAAAAAUUAGUCAUAUUCGGACAGCUAGUUAAAGAAUAUGGCCUUAACUGAAUUACAUUACAAACUGUGUUCUAAGAAUAAUUUUUGCUACAAAUACGUAUUCAAAAUCUAAUUUCAGUGUCAAAUAUUAAUUAUUAAGUUAAAUCGAAAUAUUGAUGAAUUUUAUAAAGUAUUUUAUGCAUGUCUAGGAGAUAGGUAUACCUAGUUUUAUAACAUUGGACUGUCUUAUUUUCUAAGAAUGUUUUACACUGUAAAUAAAUUAA